AUGGAUGCUACCAUUUAUCAGAUCAUAUUUGGGGAGCUCGGGGACUUAAACUGUAGUUUAAUAGAUGCUUUCCAAGACACUUUUUUGGAAAACGCUUCAUUGUCAUUGCUGAGCUUUGAUGGUUUAUAUUGCAAUGCCACUACCGAUGAGAUUGGAACCUGCUGGCCGCGGACCAGCACGGGGAGGAUUGUAGAGAGACCCUGCCCUGAGUACAUUAACGGGGUGAAGUACAACACAACGAGGAGUGCUUACAGGGAAUGCUUGGAUAAUGGGACUUGGGCGUUGAAGAGUAAUUACUCCAAUUGUGAACCCAUUUUGGAGGAGAAGAGAAAAUAUCCAAUGCAUUAUAAAAUAGCGCUGAUCAUCAACUACCUAGGCCACUGUAUCUCUGUGGGAGCUCUAGUCAUGGCCUUCAUUCUCUUCUUGUGCUUAAGGAGUAUACGAUGUCUUCGAAACAUCAUCCACUGGAACUUGAUCACCACCUUCAUACUGAGGAAUGUUAUGUGGUUUUUGCUUCAGUUGAUAGACCACAAUAUCCAUGAGAGCAAUGAGCCUUGGUGUCGGUUAAUUACAACCAUAUACAACUACUUUGUGGUGACAAACUUUUUCUGGAUGUUUGUUGAAGGAUGUUACCUUCACACAGCCAUUGUAAUGACUUAUUCAACUGAUAAGCUCAGAAAGUGGGUCUUCCUUUUCAUCGGCUGGUGUAUUCCAUGUCCUAUAAUAGUAGCCUGGGCCAUAGGAAAGUUGUAUUAUGAAAAUGAACAAUGUUGGUUUGGUAAAGAACCUGGAAAAUAUAUGGACUACAUAUACCAGGGACCGGUUAUUCUUGUGCUCCUGAUAAACUUUGUUUUCCUCUUCAACAUAGUAAGAAUUCUUAUGACCAAACUAAGAGCGUCAACCACAUCUGAAACAAUACAGUACAGAAAAGCAGUGAAAGCAACACUGGUCUUGCUACCUCUGCUGGGCAUCACCUACAUGCUCUUCUUUGUGAAUCCGGGGGAGGAUGACAUCUCACAAAUCGUUUUCAUCUAUUUUAACUCCUUUUUACAGUCUUUUCAGGGGUUCUUUGUGUCAGUGUUUUACUGCUUUCUAAAUGGAGAGGUGCGUUCUGCAGUAAGGAAACGGUGGCACCGAUGGCAGGACAACCACGCUCUUCGAGUGCGAGUGGCACGAGCCAUGUCCAUCCCUACAUCUCCAACCAGGAUCAGCUUUCACAGCAUCAAACAGACCACAGCUGUGUGACCAGUGGGUGGAGCGUAUAAUUUCCAGCACAACAUGUAAGGGAACAGAUUUGACAAUGAAGUGAUUUACAGAACAGACUGAUUCCUCUAACAAGGCCACAAUGUGUCCAGUGUGACUUAAGAGCAAUGCGAUUUCUGUUGUCUGGUGAGAACAAGUAAUAGCAUCUAAA